UCAGAUUAGAAUGCCGCAUGCGUGCGCGCUUGUGUGUUUACGGAAGCGUGUUACUGGAAAGUGUGCGUCGAAAAAUUGAGAAAAGAGAGAAAAGAAAGGGAAGAGAAAAUUGAAAAAAAUGCCUUCCGAAGACAAAUCUCUUCCAAUAACAAUUGAGUUUGGAGGUGGUGCCGAGUCAUUGUUUGAUAAAAAGAAAAAACACGAGGUUAACUUACCUGCUGGCGAAUGGAAAUUGAAACGUUUAUUAUAUUGGAUAAAAGAUAACCUAUUGAAAGAACGACUGGAACUCUUUAUGCAAGAAGAUACCGUACGACCAGGUAUUCUCGUUCUCGUAAACGACACUGAUUGGGAAUUAUUGGGCCAAGGAGAUUACGUCCUACAACCGAGAGACACCGUGCUCUUCAUAUCGACGUUACACGGUGGUUAAGACAACGGAUGGACCGUCGAUGUCGAUGGAAAGACGUAUGAUAUUCGAGGAUGGCUAUUCACGAAUCCACAGAACUAUACUGGAGAGAGUUUCUUCUUCUUAUUAUUAUUCUUCGAUAAUAAAGUUAUUUCUAUAAA